AAGCACUGCCCCCUGUGAAAUUCCUGACUGCCAGGGUGAUUCCUACGGUUACCAAGGGCUGCUUCCUACUGUAGCUUACCGUGUGCUGUGUGGCAAACUAUUUUAUAACCUCUGGAUAAAUUAUCAACCACAGGAAUGAUAUCCCCAGCGAUAAAGGGUUAAUGUUUCCUUACCAGGCGCCCCCAGGGUCGCUUUCAAGCCUGACUGCUGACAGCUGACACCUCUGUCAUCCUCCUGAGCGAUCUAAUCGAUCACCUCUAGCUCGACAAGACAGCACACCAGGUUCUGCUUCGUUCUGCUGGCGGUUGAGUAGAGCAGGCUCUGUGUUGCCCUGAGCCCAGCUAUCUCAGCAGGACUGCAUCACCAUGGAUACAGAGUCCACCUACUCGGGAUAUUCCUACUACUCGGGGCGCUCCCGGGGAUCCCACAGACAUGGAGAGCGAAGCCGGGACCGGCACAAGUCGCGCAGCAAAGACAGCCGCUCGGAGAAGUCUGUAACGAUUAACACGCCGCCUGCAGAGCCGCUGCUAGGCGACACAGCUGUACGGGGGGAGCAAGUCCAGGAUGACAACUGGGGUGAGACCACCACAGCCAUCACGGGCACCUCGGAGCACAGCCUCUCUCAGGAGGACAUCGUUCGCAUCACAAAGGAUCUGGAGGACAGUGUGGGGCUCGACUGCCGCCGUUACUUCACCCGGACCCUGGCAAUAAUCUUAGGCCUGCUGGUGUUUCUCACUCCACUGGCCUUUCUGGUGCUACCGCAUAUCCUCUGGCCAGACAAGCUGCAGAGCUGUGGGACGGCCUGCGAGGGCCUCUUCAUCUCUGUGGCCUUCAAACUGCUCAUACUGCUGCUGGCUGUCUGGGCGCUCUUCUUCAGGCCAGCGCGGGCAGGACUCCCAAGGGUCUAUGUAUUCCGGGCACUACUUGCUGUACUGGUUCUGCUCUUUGUGAUCUCCUAUUGGCUCUUUUAUGGAGUCAGGAUACUCGACUCACAGGACGAGAACUACCAGGGUAUCGUGCAGUACGCCGUGUCGCUUGUGGACGCUCUCCUCUUCAUCCACUACCUGGCCAUCGUCCUGCUGGAACUGCGGCAGCUUCAGCCGUGCUACUCCGUGUGCGUCACACGCUCCACAGAUGGCGAGACAAGGCACUACAACCUGGGACAGCUCAGUAUUCAGCGGGCAGCUCUGGCCAUCAUAGAGCACUACUACUGUGACUUUCCGGUUCAUAACCCAGCGCUGCUUUCCGCCUCCAAGUCCCGCUCUGCCAAGCAUCUGGCUGGCCUCAAGGUGUACAAUGUGGAUGGUGAGUUCCCAGCAGCCCCUGCUGAGGGUCCCGGAAACAACGCAGCAGCGGGAAUCGCCCAUUCUCAGUCCAGAGCGAUGAUCGCAGCUGCCGCCCGCCGCAGAGACACCAGCCACAACGAGCUGUACUACGAAGAGGCCGAGCACGAGAGGCGCGUCCGCAAACGCAGAGCACGGCUGGUGGUGGCAGUAGAGGAAGCGUUUACACACAUUAAGCGCAUGCAGGAGGAAGAGCAGAAAAAAGCACCUGGGGAUGUUAUGGACCCUCGAGAAGCAGCACAAGCCAUCUUCCCAUCCAUGGCUCGGGCUCUGCAGAAGUACCUGAGGACCACCAAGCAACAGCACUGCCACAGCAUGGAGAGCAUCCAGCAACACCUGGCCUUCUGCAUCACCAACAACAUGACGCCCAAGGCGUUCCUUGAGAGCUACCUGACUCCAGGUCCAACCGUUCAGUACAGCCGGGACUUCUGGCGAGCCCGUCAGUGGACGCUGAUCAGCGAGGCGUCAGUCACCAGCGGCCUGAAAGACGGCACCAUCUUCCUGCUCAAAUGUGUGGACUUUAGCCUGGUGGUGACAUCCAAGAAGAUCCCCUACAUCCAGAUGUCCGAGGAGUACAUCGAUCCCAAAUCACACAAGUUUGUCCUGCGGCUACAGUCGGAAACAUCUGUGUAGGACGCCAGAUGUUUUAUUUUUAUUUCACACCCUGUUGCUCUCCAAUAUUUUCAUU